UAAUGUUUUGAUAUGAACGUUUUCUUUAAAAGAUAUUGAUUUCGACGACAAACAACGGCGGCACGGCGAUCCGAAAAGAUGCAUUAGAAAACACUUCCCUAUAGCCGUGUUCGCAGGUACACCUGCUGCCCCACUGUUUUGCGCGCGGCUCUUUAAUCGCGUCCGUAAAUCUCAUCCGUUCCACCUAAACAGGAAUUCCACGCCCGCGGUUUGCAGGUUUCAUUUUCCCAGGCUAAACCAGGGAAAUGGCCCACGCACAGACAAGAAUUAUCCCAGAUGGAGGACAGAAGAUUCGGCCCCAAUGACAAGUAUUUCUAAGAAAUAAUCUCGCACCGUAUGCGUGCAUUUACAUGCCACGGGCUUGAUUUUUGUAAAUAUCGUUCAUUGACCCUUCUUCCCUUGUUUACGGAAUUGACGCGUUCGCUUACAUCACUGGGAUUGGAAUGAAUCAUCGUUAGAACACGGAUGCUGCGCGAUUAGCAGUGCCAUCGCACUUUUUUUUGGGAAAACACCAGGUUUCUAACAUUGAUUUCCCACGAUGGAGGAAAUAUUGCGAAAGCUUCAGAAAGACGCGUCUGGAAAUAAGCACAAAGCUAUAAGGGACGUCUGCGCUAUAGCUUGCGAAACCCUGGAGGCUCAGAAUGGAUCUGUCAAGAUACUGCCGUCUCAGCUCAGAGAGAGGUGUUUGCUUCCUCUUAGACUGGCACUGGAGUCCAAGAAUACCAAGCUGGCCCAGACUGCUCUCGCAGGGAUGCAGAAGAUUCUGUGCGAGGAUAGGUUUGUCACUGAGGAGACGGAGGCGCCGGAGAAGCAGCUGUUGAGCCAGGUGCUGGAUGCAGUCCGAGUAACGCCCACUCUCCACGAGGACCUGCAGGUGGAGGUGAUGAAGGUGCUGCUCUGCAUCACCUACUCGCCCACCUUCCAGAUCAACGGAGACUCCAUCCUGAGAAUCGCAGAGGUGUGUAUUGAGACGUACGUGUGCAGCUGCCACCAGCGCAGCAUCAACACGGCGGUGCGCGCCACUCUGAGCCAGAUGCUGGGAGACCUGUCCCUGCAGCUGCGUCACCGGCAGGAAGGCGCGGCAAUGGAUGGAGAGGAGGGGUCGGUGCCCACACCCCACCGCAGAGACGUCUCCCCGACCAGCGAGUCUCUGAGCGAGGACAUCGUGACAGUGCUCACAGUCUUCUGUGAGAAGCUGGAGGGCGUGGCCAGUGAGAACCAGUUACUGCAGCUGCUCUACCUGGAAUGCAUUCUCUCCAUGCUCAGUAGCUGUCCUCCCACAAUGCACCUGCACAGAGGCUUCACAGACCUUAUAUGGAAGCAGCUGUGUCCAUCGCUGGUGGUGAUCAUGGGUAACCCCAUGAACGACAAAACUAUCACCUCUGCUCACGGAGGGGGGUCCUCCCAGGAGACGGACCCCCCCUCGGUGGGGGUGUCGGACCAGGGUCGGGGGUCGGGGUGCUCCUCCAGCGCCCCCACCCUGAUCGGGCCGGUGGCUCGCACCAUCUGCUACGUGGCGGCGGAGCUGGUGCGUCUGGUGGGCCGGGUGGAGUCCAUGAAGCCGGUGCUGCAGUCCCUAUAUCACCGCAUCCUGCUGUACCCUCCUCCCCAGCAUCGGCUGGAGGCCAUCAAGACCAUGAAGGAGAUCCUGGGAAGUCCAGAGCGCCUGUUUGACCUGGCAGGGCCUUGCGUCACCGAACCCGAGUCCAGGAAACGGUCCUUCUCCAAGAGGAAGUCCCACCUAGAUCUGCUCAAACUGGUGAUGGACGGCAUGACAGAGGCCUGCGUGAAGGGCGGGAUCGAGGCCUGCUUCUCGUCGGUGUCGUGCGUGUGCGCCCUGCUGGGGUCUCUGGACGAGCUGAGCCAGGGGCGGGGCCUGCAGGCGGAGCAGGCGCGGCUGCUGCUGCGGCGGCUGGACGAGCUGAAGGACGGGCCCGAGUCAGCCCGCGAGUCCAUGGAGGUGAACGAGGCCGACUUCCGCUGGCAGCGGCGGGUGCUGUCCUCCGAGCAGGCGCCCUGGGAGCCGGCGGGUACCGAGCGCAGCCCUGACAUCAGCAUCAGCGUCACCACGGACACCGGCCGGACCACGCUGGAGGGGGAGCUGGGCACCACCACCCCCGAGGACUGCGGGGGGGAGCCCCGCCUCCCGUCCCCGUCCUCCUGCGACCCCGACCCGCCCCUGCCGGGGAGGGACGCGGGGGCAGAGCCCUGCGGCCAGCCGGACGUGGUGCAGCGCAGCCACGCCCUGGUGUACCCGGACAUCACCAAUUUCCUGUCGGUGGAGUCGCGGGCCCGCUCCCACGGCUCCCGCUACAGCGAAAGCAACUUCAGCGUGGAUGAGCAGGACCUGUCCCGCACCGAGUUCGACUCCUGCGACCAGUACUCCAUGGCCGCCGAGAAGGACUCCGGCCGCUCAGACGUCUCAGACAUGGGCUCGGACAACUGCUCGCUGGCCGACGAGGAGCAGACGCCCCGGGACUGCCCCGGUCACCGCUCCCUGCGGACGGCCGCUCUGUCGCUCAAGCUGCUGAAGAACCAGGAAGCGGACCAGCAGAGCGCCCGGCUGUUCGUCCAAUCGCUGGCCGGCCUUCUGCCACGCCUCCUGGGCCUGGCCACCUGCGCGGAGGUGGACAUCUCCCUGCAGAACUUCUCCUCCACCUUCUGCUCUGGACUACAGGCAGGUGGCAUCCAUUCUCCAGGGCUGGAGGGCGGCGGAGGCCUGAGCUGCCAGGCCCUGAUGAACGCCGACGGCCUGUACCUGGUCUCCUACUACGCCCUUCUGCUCAACCUCAAGCUCUGCUGCUGCGACUACUACCGCAGGAAGCCCUCUCCCGUGCUGGUCAGCCUGAAGGAGUUUGUGCGACAGAUCCAGAGCAGUGGUGUGCUGGUGGUGCUCUCUCAGGCCUGGAUCGAGGAGCUCUACCACCAGGUGCUGGAGAGGAACCUGCUGGGAGAGGCGGGCUACUGGGGGACCCCCGAGGAGCACUCUCUGCCUCUCAUCACCAUGCUCACAGACAUAGACGGGCUUGGCAGCAGCGCCAUCGGGGGCCAGCUGAUCCGCCAGGCCUCGGCGCAGUCCCCCUUCUGCUGCGACAAGAGCGCCAGCGACACCGUCAUGGCAGGCAAGGUGUUUGCACGCUACAUUCUGACUGGCUGCUGGAAGAACCUGAUCGACACCCUGUCCACGCCUCUGACGGGGCGGAUGGCGGGUAGCUCGAAGGGCCUGGCCUUCAUCCUUGGGGCGGAGGGUGUGAAGGAGCAGAACCAACGGGAGCGUGACACCAUCUGCCUGAGCCUGGAUGGCCUGAGGAAGGCCGCACGCCUCAGCUGCGCGCUAGGUGUGGCAGCAAACUGCGCCUCCGCUCUGGCCCAGAUGGCAGCCGCUUCCUGCGUGCAGGAGGAGAAGGAGGAGAAAGAGGCUGAGACUGGGGACGCCAUUGCACAAGUCAAGCAGCGGGUGGAGCAGAAGCUGGAACAGAUGGGGCGCCCUCAGGGGGUACGCCUGCACACGGCGCAUGUGCUAUGCAUGGAUGCCAUCCUCAGCGUGGGGCUGGAGAUGGGCAGCCACAACCAGGACUGCUGGCCACACGUGUUCCGGGUGAGCGAGUACGUCAGCUCGCUGGAGCACACCCACUUCAGCGACGGCAGCUCCCAGCCGCCCCUGCCCAUCACCCAGGCGCAGCAGGCGGUGGAUCUGGGCCUGGAGCUGAGCGCCGACUGCAGCCCGGAGAGGGAGCUUCCCCUGAGCCACCCCGUUAUCCAGCCGCUCUCCGUCCAGGAGCUGCUGAAGGAGAGCGGGCGCGGCAAGGCCUUCGACCUGCGGGGGGGCAGCCUGCUGAGCGGGGCUGGGGCCGCCAAAGCCGUCUGCGCCCUCUCCACCCAGGCGGACAGGCUGUUUGAAGAUGCGGCCGGCAAGCUGAACCUGGUCGGGCUGGUGGGGUUCCUGCACCAGCUGAGAAAGGCCUCUCAGUCUCAGCUCUUUGACUCUGUCACCGAGACGGGGGAUUACUCCUUAGCUAUGCCAGGGGAGGCCAAAUCGACGCAGGACCGGCGUAGCGCCCUGCACCUGUUUCGGCUUGGGGAGGCCAUGCUGCGCAUCGUCAGGAACAAGACCCGCCCCCUGCUGCACAUGAUGCGGGCGUGGAGCGUGGUGGCGCCCCACCUGGUGGAGGCUGCAUGCCACAAAGAGCGCCAUGUAUCCCAGAAGGCCGUGUCCUUCAUCCACGACGUCCUGACGGAGGUGCUGACCAGCUGGGCGGAGCUGCCGCACUUCCACUUCAACGAGGCCCUCUUCCGCCCCUUCGAGCACAUCAUGCAGCUGGAACUGUGUGACGAAGACGUUCAGGACCAGGUGAUCACCUCCAUUGGUGAGCUGGUGGAGAUGUGCUCCCCUCAGAUCCAGUCAGGGUGGAGACCUCUCUUCAGCGCCCUGAGGACCGUCCAUGGGAACAAGACCGACAUUAAGGACUACCUGGUCGGGGAGUACUCAAUGGGGAAGUCUCAGGCGCCUGUGUUUGACGUCUUCGAAGCAUUCAUCAACACAGACAACAUUCAGGUGUUCGCCAACGCAGCCACUGAUUACAUCAUGUGCCUUAUGAAGUUCGUCAAAGGUUUAGGAGAAGUGGACUAUAAAGAGAUUGGAGAUUGUGUGCAUGGAACUGGAAUGAGCUCUACAGACCUGUGCCUACCUGCCCUGGACUACCUGAGGAAGUGCUCACAGCUGCUCACCAAAAUCUAUAAGAUGCCCUCAAAGCCAGUGUUCCUGGGUGCCCGGCUGGCCAGCCUUCCCAUGAGGGCCCAGGAGAGGUCUGUCAGCAGUGAGGAUGGCAUGGACUCCAUCUUGGCAGAGUUUGAUGAUGACACAGGGCUGAUCCAGGUGUGGAUUCUCCUGCUGGAGCAGCUGACUGCGGCCGUGUCUACCUGCCCUCGGCAGCACCAGCCCCCGACACUGGAGCUGCUGUUUGAGCUGCUCAGGGAGGUCACCAAGAUCCCAGGGCCUGGCUUCGCCAUCUUCUCUGUGAUCCAGCUGCUGCUGCCUGUGAUGUCACUGUGGCUGCAGCGUAGCCAUGGCGACCACUCCUACUGGGACAUCGCGGCUGCCAAUUUCAAGCACGCCAUUGGCCUGUCCUGUGAGCUGGUUGUGGAGCACAUCCACAGCUUCAUCCACUCAGACAUUGGGUACGAGAGCUUGAUCAACCUGAUGCUGAAGGACCUGUUCAAGCUGCUGGUGGCGUGUGUGUCGGAGCCAGCAGAGACCAUCUCCAGAGUGGGCUGCUCCUGCAUCAGGUAUGUCCUGGUGACGGCUGGCCCAGUCUUCACUGAGGAGAUGUGGAGGCUGGCCUGCUGUGCCCUUCAGGAUGCCUUUUCUGCCACGCUGGAGCCCGUCAAGAACCUGCUGGCCUGUUUCCACAGCGGUUCCGACAGCUUUACAGGCGAUGCCUGUGAAGUGAAGGUGGCCGCGCCCUCCCACUCACCAUCUGCAGAGGCGGAGUACUGGAGGAUCCGCGCCAUGGCCCAGCAGGUGUUCAUGCUGGACACCCAGUGUUCCCCAAAGACCCCCAACAAUAAGGAGGGUUUUGAGCAUGCUCAGUCGUGUGUGCUGAUCAUAGAGCUGCCUCCGGACCAGCAGUCGAAUGGGCACACACAGAAGAGGAUUCCGUUCAGGACCAUCGUGGUGAGCUUACUCUCCCACCAGGUGUUGCUCCAGAACUUGUAUGACAUCCUGCUGGAGGAGUUUGUGAAGAGCUCCAGCCAGCCGGACACACUGGAGAAGACCACGCCCGUGUCGGAGCCCAAGCCGGGCGGUUUCCUGCGCUACAUCUCCAUGCAGAACCUGGCCAUCAUCUUCGACCUGCUGCUGGACUCGUACCGCACGGCCCGGGACUUCGACACCAGGCCGGGGCUCAAGUACCUGCUGAUGAAGGUGUCCGGCGUCUGUGGCGCCGCCAACCUCUACCGCCAGUCCGCCAUGAGCUUCAACAUCUACUUCCAGGCGCUGCUGUGCGCCACCUUGACCAACCAGGAGAACAUCACGGCGGAGCAGGUUAAGAAGAUCCUGUACGAGGAUGAGGAGGGCAGCUCGGACUCCUCCCAGCAGUGCUCCUCGGAGGACGAGGACAUAUUCGAGGAGACGGCGCAGGUGAGCCCGCCGAGGGGCAAGGAGAAGCGGCAGUGGAGGGCCCGGAUCCCCUCCCUCAGCAUCCAGCCCGUCAGCAGCCUGGACUGGGCCUGGCUGGUGAAGCGGCUGCACAAGCUCUGCAUGGACCUCUGCAACAACUACAUCCAGAUGCACCUGGACCUGGAGAGCAGCGUGGAGGAGCUGCCCGUCCUCAGGGGAGACCCCCUGUUCUUCCUCCCCCUCUUCCCCUCCGAGACGUCCACGCCCUCCACGGGGGGGCUGUCGGGCCGGGGGACGCCAUCGGAGGACGGCUUCCGCUGCCACCUGGCGGAGACCCCCUCGGAGGAUGCCCACAGCCCCGGGCCCCACGGGCCCCACCCAAAGGGCGAGCGGCGGGAGGCGGUGGGGGGCAGGAAGAAGGAGUGGUGGGAGAGCGCGGGCAACAAGCUGUACACCAUCGCCACCGACAAGACCAUCACCAAGCUGAUGAUCGAGUACAAGAAGAGGAAGCAGCAGCACAACCUCUCCACCUUCAUGAAAGAGGCCAAGGCGGGCGAGAAGAGGGCGGAGCCGGUGACCCUCAGGGGCCCCGACUCGCCCGUUCCCCAGCGGCCCCAGCAGCUGGUGGACCAGGGCCCCAUGCGGCACUCGUUCAGCGCCGGACCUGAGGUGCUGAGGCAGGAGAAGAGGCCGCGCUCGGGCUCCACGGCCAGCUCCCACAACAUCUCCCUCAGAGACUCGGAGGCACAGAUACAGGCCUGGACCAACAUGGUUUUGACCAUUCUGAACCAGGUACAGCUCCUGCCAGACCCCACCUUCACAGCGCUGCAGCCGGCUGUUUUCCCCUGCAUCAGUCAGCUGACGUGUCAUGUGACCGACAUCAGGGUGCGGCAGGCGGUGCGCGAAUGGCUGGGGCGCGUGGGCAGAGUUUAUGACAUCAUCGUAUGAGGUGCCCACUGUCAUGAGGCGUUAUUUUGGGGGUGGGGGGGUUGUUAGAACCCCAUGAACCUACGUUUGGGGUGUUUGGCUGCGUCACGGUUGAUUGUUUAUUUUGUCAUGCUUUGAUAUGUUUUUUAGUCUUACUGAUAGCCAUCAUA